AUGACCACGCAACCGCGCCUCAAACUCGCUCUGAUCGGCCUCGGCCGUCUGGGAGCCAUCCGCGCCGAGAUCCUGGCCUUCAAGCAGCCUCGCAUCGAGCUGGUCGCCGCCUGUGACACCAAGCCCGGGGCUGACGAAUGGGCGGCGGCCAAUCUGCCCGCCUCCGUGAAGUUCUUUGCUGAUCCAGAGGACUGCAUGAGGAACAGCGGUGCCGAGGCCGUCCUUAUCUCGACGGCGACCGCUACCCACGCGCCUUUGAUUACCAAGGGCCUUGAUCUGGGUCUGCAUGUCAUGUGCGAGAAGCCGAUCUCGGUCGACGUGAUCACCACCGAGGAGGUUCUCGCUAAGGCUGCGUCUAAGCCUCACCUCAAAUUCCUGGUCCCCUUCUGUCGACGAUAUGAUGAGUCGUACCGUCAGGUGAAGCAGAUGGUCGAGGCUGGCGCACUCGGAGACAUUCACGCAGUGGAGAGCUCCUGUCUCGACCAGCAGGACCCUACAGGCUUCUUCGUGCGCUUCUCCGAGCAAUCCGGAGGUAUCUUCGUCGACAUGGGUGUUCACGAUAUUGACAUCGGCCGGUACUACCUGGACGUCAAAUCCGGCCUCACCAACCCCAAGAAGCAAGUCAACCGGGUCGUCGCCAUGGGCCAACAGGCCGUCUACGGCGAGCUCUCGAAGUACGGCGACGCCGACAACGGCUGGGGGCUGGUGGAGUUCGCCAACGGCAAGAUCCUGACUUUCCACCUGGGGCGGACGCUGACCAACGGGUUCGAGGGGAUGACGCGCGUGUGCGGCACCAAGGCGCACUCGGUGAUCAACGCCAACUCGACCAUCAACCGCGUCGAGGUGCGCGACGCCCACGGCGUGCGCACUGCCACCACCCCAGACGCCUUUGUACUGUACGACAAGUCCUUCCUCAAGGACCUGGAAGAGUUCGCCACCGCCUGCCUCGACGGGGCGCCCUUGACGUGCGCGCCCGAGGACGCGUACGAGGCCGCCAAGAUCGCCACGGCGCUGCAGUUCUCCUUCCGCCACGGCGUGCCCGUGUACUUUGAUGAUGAUGGGUUGGCGAUUCUGGAUGCGAGCAAGAAGGCAUGA